UCGUUUUGAGUUUCAGCUCUAUUAUCGUUAUCACUCUUUCUCUCUCUGUGUUUUGGCAUCUCACAUUUCAAAUUGAAAAAACCAGGAAACUCUACCCACUUCUCUUCCACUGUUCCACACUCUAAUCUCUCAUCGAAACUCCGGCGAAGAUCAAAUGGGCCCACCGAAGCCUCCGGCGACGAAGGCAGGCCGUACGAUCUCUCAGGAGGCAUUCGACGAUCUGGUGAAGGAAAACAUAGAAGAUCUCGACAUGGACCCCACUGAGGCUCUCCAAGACGCUAUCCAAACCUUAACUCUCCAAGGCGUCGAUCUGACUGGGAUUGUCACGUGCGUUCCAGGAGAGGGUGGUGGAGUGAAGGCUAACCCUGUGAUUCAGUGUUUGGAUAGGCUGAAGCAAAUUGGGCAGAAAGAUUUGGAUGAAAUGGUGGAAUUGCUUGACAAGCUCGCGGAGCUGUGUGGCGUUGAAGGAUCAGGGAAUGCGGCGAUAGCAACUAAGAAUGGGGGCGUGGAAUUGGUUUGUUCAAAGAUUCAAAGCGGGUCGGAGCGGGUUCUGGCUUCGGCUUUGAAGGCAUUGGCAUCACUUCUUCAUGAUCUUCAAAGUACAGAAAUAUUUCGGACUAGUGGUGGACCAACAACUGUGAUGUGUAUCCUGAAUGAUAACUGUCAAAAUGUAGACAUCUUGAACAAUGGUUUCUCUGUUGUUGCUGCGGCUUCAACUGGUAAUGAGGUCCUCAAAGAGUCAUUCAUGGAGUUUAAAAUUGGUGAGCUUAUUAUGCAAAUACUGAGUGAUCCAAGUGGGCAGAGUAAAGGCAGCAUCCAAAGCUUAUAUGAUGCCAUACGUAUUCUGUUGACACCUGAUGAUAAUCGUGUUGUGGCUUCUCAAGUUUAUGGUUAUGCACGAAGAUUUGCAAAAAUUGGAAUUGCAAGAGCUCUAGUGGACUCACUACAUGCAGGGCUUAGCUCACCUGGUCUAGUUUCUGCAAGCAUUGCUUUGAAGGCCAUUGCUGUCAAUGAUGAGAUAUGUAAAUCCAUUGCUGAAAGUGGCGGUAUUGAUGCAGUUCUCCAAUGCAUUGAUGACAGUGGUGAACAAGGCAACAAGGUUGUUGCUAGAGCUUGCUGUUCUUUGCUAUCCAAGUUGGCAGGAAGUGACUCAAACAAGACUGCCAUUGUUGAGAAGCGGGGUAUGGAUAGGCUAAUCAAACUCUCUGCAAGAUUUUCUGAUGAUCCUUCUGUCUUACAAGAGGUAAUGUCUAUUAUUACUGUACUUUCCUUGAGAUCACCAGAAAAUGCAACUCGUGCCAUUGAAGCUGGAGCUGGGGACCUCGCUAUCCAAGCCAUGGAGAAGUUCCCGGCAGCUCAACAAAUGCAAAAAAACUCCUGUCUCAUGAUCCGGAAUCUUGUAGCUAGGAGCCCAGAAAACAGAACUCUUCUGCUUGGUAAUGGUGUUGAGAAAUACAUAAGGAAAGCCAAGCAAAGCCACCAAAGUUGUAAAGAUGCUGCAACUGAUGCACUGAGGGAUCUGGGGCUUGAUGACUACCACUUGUAAUCCAUGGUUUAAAACACUGAUGUUCCUCACAUAGCCUCAAUAUUAUUUGGCCAUCAAUUUUGUUAACCCUUUUGUCUUUGCUGUUUAUGAGUGGCUGUUAUGAUGUGUAUACUACUGACCUCUGAGUUAGAGCAUUCACCUCCGGUGCUAUCUAUUUUGCAUUUCACUGAACAUUAAAUGAGUCUUUUAAUGCAACAUGAUUGAGAUUUUUUAUA